AACAGGUUUUUAAUUUUCUUGGAUUAAAAAAAAGGAAAAAAAGAAGUCACGUGACCAGUUUGAUUUUAACCGAUGUGGCUACACAAAGAUCUGUAAAUGCUCUUGAAUUUGCCGUAUGGUAAAUGAGCACAAAUUUCACGUCUGUUUACAAUUAAUUAAACGGAACUGAAUUUUGCCAAGAGGGAAAAACAUGCCUGCAUUCUUUGUUCGAGCUAAACCUAACGAAGCUUUGAUAUUCGAAACAUUAGGUGUACCCUUAUCGGUAGCUAGACGUUGGUCAAUUAUACCGUUUCCAUGCUGUCAAAUGACAAGACGUUUCAACAUUGGUCAAUGUAAAAUUAAAUUUGAAGGCGAUGAUGUUAUAACAAAAGACAAUAAGAAAGUAACGUUAACUUGCUGGCUAACGUUUGUUAUAGAUGGAAGUUCCAAGAAGAAUAUUAUGAAAGCAUACAAGGAUUUUUGUGGAAUAAAAAAAUCAAGAGAAUCUAAGGUUACAAAUGGUAGCACUGAAGUUGAAUGCGCCAUUAUUGAUAUUGUUAAUGAAUGUAUGAUGUUGCAGUUGUUAAAGAUGACUUUAAAAGAGUUAAUACAAUUUAACUGGUUAUUCGUAGACGCUGUCUUUACAAGGGCAAAGUAUAUCUUGAUAAGAAACUGCGUUAAUCUACAGGAAUUGAGAUUAUUGGAAAUAAAAGAAUACACAAAAAUUGCUGAUCAACUUGAAUACGAAGAAGAAAAUAUCUUUGAAGAAGAAGUUGAAGUCGUUCUUAACACUAGUAACACCUCAACACAAAUUGGAUUACCUAAUCGUUUACCUAAUAGUAUAUCUAAUGGUUUACCUAAAGGUUCUGCGGCAGAGUCAGUGGAACUAAAUGGAAUACUACCUACAAUGCAAAACAAUGAGGUGACUCCAAAAAGGGAAGAUUCCAAGAUAGCAGCUGAUAUGGCAAUUAUAGCUGAAGUAAGAACAGAAAUCAGUAAUAAAGAAUUGCAUGUGGAUGUAAAGGGGAUACAACCUGAUGUAGUGUGCAUGUCAAAUAAGAGAGAAACACAUGACGAUAUUGUUGCUGAAUCAGCAUUUUCUGAGCAUGAAAAUCAUAUUUCUAGUGAAAAUACAUUGCUUUUAGGACAUUUAUAAUAUUCUUUAAAGAAAUUUUGUUAUUUCAGUUCAGAAUGACAUUUAAAUUUAUUUUUGUUGUAAGUAUUUGAAAUUUAGAAUACAUGUUUUUUGUCUGAGAGAAUAUAUAUUUCGUAUC